GUCCAGCAGAGGCUUUGGGGCCCUAAGGGUGUCCCCAAGGACCAGGGAACUGAGAGAACAGCAACACAUCCCAGCCCCAUCCUCACGCCAGGGUCACCCCUCAACUCACAGCUCCAGGAGAGGGAGAAAGCAGAGAUGGGUCAGCACUGCCAGGCGGUGCAGGCAGCAGUGCCAGCAUCAUCAUGGGCAGUUGGCCAUGAUGUCACCACCUUGCCGUGGUGCCGUUUGUGACACGGCCACCCGGGAGGGGGGUGAAGGCAGAGCACCGAGGAGGGUCCUGCAUCCUGAAGGAGCAUCUGGUACAGAGCAGACGCAUCUGAAGGAUGAGCUCCAGCAUGGCCGGUGCCAAGAAGGAGCAACCCAGAAUGAGCAAGAACGGCCCCAGGGUGGGCCAUGCCUCUGGACAAACAUGUAGUAAUACUGAAGAGCGAGUUGCCGUCUGGGAUGCGGUGGCCGCCUUCGUACACAAGCAGCUCCUGGUGCAGCAGGGGGUCUGGAUUCCCACCUUCGGCUCCUUCAUCUCCAUCAUCUCCAAGGAGAUCAGGAUGGAGGACAGGACUGUGACCCUGUGCUGGCCCGUGUUUCACCUGGCCAGCAUCCUCACAGCUGUGCACCACGUCCCUUACGGCAGGGAGUCCCUGCCAGCCCACAGGAAGGUGGAGCCCCUGAAGUGCAGCCAGGUGGUCGCAGCCACCUCUGUGAGCAGGCGGAGAGCACGGGCUUGUAUCCAAAGCACCGUAUCACUGCUCUCCAGCUGCCUGCAGAAUGAGGAGAACAUAGCCGUGGUCCUAAAGGAUGUUGGAGUACUCUUCAUUGAUGGGCUGACCUUCCAAAUGAAGUUCUAUCAUGACUUCCUCGAGAAGCUGUCAGGGAAAGCGAACUUCAGGAGAGCCGUUCGCAUGGCCCCUUCGCUGCUGGACAUGGGGGUGUCCCGUGUGACACCGGUGGCUUCCCUGGUGUUCUCUGGCUGCCUUGUGGUCUUACCCAAGUUUCAAAUUGAGCUGGUCCCCAAACUGCCGCCCCUGAUACACCGCAAGUCCUCCAGGAGCUUCUCUGGGGCACGGAAGCCAAUAAAAGAUGAGACUUUGCCACCUCAUUCCAAGGGCAAGAAAGGUAAAGUGGCUUCCAGCUCCUUUCCACAGCACAGGCAACAAACUGGAGGUGGGCAGUCCCUUGCUGACCAUCAGCCCAGGGCUCUGACUUGGACAUUUUCGACGGAAUUGCCAAGCUGUCGGUGUGUGGUGCCAGAACUGCCGCUCGGACAACCACAACACUGUCACCUGCCGUCGCUGGUCGGGAAACCUACAGCCCAGCAUGAGAAAGAACAGCGGCCGUGCUCUGACACAAGCAGCCGUUACCGGCAGCGGCCGCCUGCCGCCCCCCCCACGUCGCUCGCCGCAUUGUCGGUCUCUAUGACCACAUUCUACGACCACUUCGCCCAUGUCAUUCUGCGCGCCUCGCCAUGCCGCCACCCUCUCGUCCUGCACGGCUGCGUCUGUGCAGCCCGCGUGUAA